UAUCACAAAGAAUAUAUGAUGGCAGAUGGAAUUAUGAAGAAGUAUCCAGAAGAUGUGAUCAUUCAUAUUCUUUUGAGACUUCCAGUAAAAUUUAUCUUGAGAUUCAAAUGUGUCUCCAAAACAUUUUAUACUCUCAUACAAUCUUCAAAUUUCAUCAAUCUUCAUUUCAAUCGCACAACAAUAUCAACAUACAAUAACAUUCUCCUAAAGCGCUCCUUCAAAGAAGAUAUUCAAAGAUUUAAAGCUAUUUUUUCUUUUAUUUCUACUACGGGUAAUGAUAAUCCAAAGUUUGUUUAUCCAGAUCUGGAUGUUCCUUAUACGAUAAGUGUUAUUAGUGUUGACAAUGACCUACUCAUAGAUUCUAGACAUGGUUUAAUUGCUUUGAUGAACCCAGAAACCACAAUACUAUACAAUGUAUCCACUAGAAAUUAUAUACUACUCCCCCCUAGUCCUUUUGACAUUCCAAAGGGAUUCUAUGAAUCCAUUGAAAGUGGUGGGUUUGGUUUUGAUUCAGUUGUUAAUGAUUUCAAGGUUUUUAGAAUUUCUGAAGUUUUCAAGGAAGAUGGUUACGGGUACAUAGAAGAUGGAAAGAAAAAGGUUGAAGUUUAUGAAGUAGGUAUUGAUAUUUGGAGAGAAUUGGAUCAUGUGAAUAAUCAACAGUUACCCACAUUAUGUUGGUUAAAUUCUUCGGUGUCUUUUAAGGGAGUUUACCACUGGAUAGCAUUCUUUGAAGGCGAAGAUAAAAUCCUUUGCUUAGACAUGACAACCGAAAUUUUCCGCAAUAUGCAAAUACCUGAUAGCGGCAAUUAUUACAAUGGUACACUUCAUAGCCUCCUACUUUUGAAUGAGUCUCUAAGCUUGUUAUGUUACCCUUGUGAAGAGUCCUUGGUUGAUCCAACAACAAGUUUGAUGGAAAUUUGGAUAAUGAAGGAUUACAAUAUUUAUGAGUCUUGGAUUAGAAAAUUCACAAUAAUUGGUCUUCCUACUGAUUCCCCAUUAGCGGUAUGGAAAGAUUAUAUAUUGCUUUUUCAAAGUAAAAGUGGAUAUUUGAUGUCAUUUGAUCUCCACUCCAAUGAAAUCAAGGAAGUGAAUAUACAUGGGUGUAAAAAGAGUAUGAGAGCUAUAAAUUACAAAGAAUGCUUGACUCCAAUUCCAAGAUAA